CCCCAAUGUAACCCUAAAGGAUUUCAAACAUGGCGGAGCCCUCCAUUGGGAGUACGAGCCCAGGAGGUUCAGCAGACGACUGUGAGUUUGAUCCUUCAGCAGAUAUGCUCAUUCACGACUUUGACGACGAACGCACACUGGAAGAGGAGGAGAUGCUCGAGGGAGAGACCAACUUCAGCAAUGAGAUUGACGACCUUGCACGGGAGGGAGAGAUGCCCAUUCAUGAGUUGUUGAGUAUGUACGGAUACGGCGGUGGUUCACCUGCAGAUGGAGAGGAAGAAGAUGAGGAAGACCUAGAGGAUGACGAGUUAGAGGAUGACGAAGAGGAGGAAGAGGAGGAGGAGCUGGACAAUGAUGAAAGCAGCAGAAGCACUGGUGAGCUGAAGAGGAGUAAGACCGAGAGGGUGAAGAUCUCUUCAGGACUGGGAAACGAGAACCAGUUGUCCAACGAGGGUCACACGCGCUCCGUCAAAUCCCACUGCACGGCAGAGCUGAUACGUGGAUCACAGAAGCUCAAGUACUUUCAAAAUAAUGAUGCAGAGGAAGAAUCAGAAGACGAAGAUUAUGUCCCUUCCGAUGAUUGGAAAAAGGAAAUCAUGGUUGGUUCCAUGUAUCAGGCUGAAACGCCCUCUGGCCUUUGUAAAUAUAAAGACAAUGAGAAAGUAUAUGAAAAUGAUGACCAGCUUUUAUGGGACCCUGAGUUCCUUCCCGAGGGAAAGGUUGUGGAGUUUUUGACGGAGGCGUCAAAACGAACAGGAGAGGAGAAGGGAGUGGAUGCCAUCCCUGAGGGAUCCCAUAUCAAAGACAAUGAGCAGGCGCUUUAUGAGUUGGUCAGGUGUGAAUUUGACACAGAGGAAGCUUUAAGAAGACUGAAGUUUAAUGUGAAGGCAGCUAGAGAAGAGCUGUCUGUGUGGACAGAAGAAGAAUGUCGAUAUUUUGAGCAAGGACUAAAAGCUUAUGGGAAAGACUUUAAUUCAAUACAAGCCAACAAGGUGAGAACUAGGUCAGUAGGAGAAUGUGUGGCCUUUUAUUACAUGUGGAAGAAGUCUGAGCGUUAUGAUUUCUUUGCACAGCAAACCAGGCUGGGGAAAAGGAAAUACAACCUCCACCCCGGUGUCACGGACUACAUGGACCGGCUGCUAGACGAGACGGAGAGCGUCACUUCCAGCCGGGCGGCCUCGCCCCCUCCCACCACCUCAAACAGUAGCACCAGCCACUCUGAGAGGGAGGACGGCAGCAGCAGCCACAACGGUGUAGUGAGUCAAAACUCUGGCUCUGGAGAAGGUUCUCAAUCGUCCACGGUGGCGAAUGAAGUCGAAGCAGAACCCUCCCAGUCCACUGACGACCACCCCUGUCUGGACGCUUUCCCUGCUCCCACCGCCUCGGACAAUGACUCCAACGGCUGCCAGGCGGCGGCCGUUGUGCCCAGCCACAACAGGAACGGCUCCCUGGAGCCCCACCGUGCCGACGGUCACUACGAUGAAGACGCGCUCCUCUAUGACAGGCCGGCCAAGAGGUGCCGGACGGAGGCGGAGUCACUGGAACAGGGGGAGCCGGAACCCUCCAGAACAUCGACGACACUCCAGCAGGAGGACUGAUGAUAGAUGACGACCCCUUCUCAGAGGUCAAAGGGCACAGAACCAAACCUUUAAAAACCAUGGUCGUAUUAAUUAGUGCACACGGAAGCAAAACAUUUAGCAACGGAAAACUAGCAUUUCUUAUUGGACAAGUUCAGGUAGUCCAUCCCUGUUUCCUUCCAUCUGUUUUCGUCCGUUUAGUGGCUAAUGAAUACGACCCGUACUAACCAACCAAACCCAGCUGGGCCACACCAGCAAACGGAGGGAGGGCAGCCCUGCCUCGUCCCCCAUCCAGCAAAACCUCCAACGCUCCACACAUCCAAAGUACCACAGUUCCUGAACUCCUACCUACUAUUACUUCCACCACAUUCUACUCAUUCCCUUUUUUGGAGACCGAUCUCAAAUUUUUACGCUCAAUGCUUUUUUCCUAUUUGUAUUAGAAUAAAAAUCGUCUGUGAUAUUUUUGUACGUGAAAUAUAUUUAUAUAUUUUUUAAAGAAAUGUAUGAUUGAUGGGUAUUUGCUGUCCUAGCCAUUUGAAACCAGAAAAUCGAAGGGGUGGUGUUGUAUGUAGAGGGUUCUAGAUCAACAGCGCCAAUCUGCCUGCUUCAGGCACACUAAGUUGCACUUUCAUCCUUUGUUGAUAUUGAGUGGUUAACGCAACACUGCUGAAUGACAUCAUUGCUUAUUUGAAACACGAUUCCCCCAUAUGCCGUAACCAUGGACAUUUUUUUAAUUGCAAGAAAUGAACCAGUGGGAGUGUCUGUCCCGAGGUUUGUUUGUGUAAAGCGUCUGACAUCAGUGAUGUCCUGUGGAACGCUAUAUUUUUAUUUUAUUAGGCUUUCAUAUUGUUUUGUUUUUCGAUUUUAGACAGUAAGUACGUGUAAAGUUUGUAUAGAUUUUGUUGUACAAUUAUACUUUUUGAUAACCGUGUCUAAUCUGUCUGUUUUAUGGUCUCUCCUUGUUGCUCCGAGCAGAGCUGUUCUAAAGGAGUCAUUAUUUCCCAGGCCCAUUUUUUCACCUAGUGCAUUUGGACAUUUUUUGCAGCAAGAUGUUUGACAAUGACUCCAUGUUAAAGAGAGAUGUGAUGCUUUUUGAAAUCGGAGACUGGUACCAGUAAUGUUUCUUCUCACCUGCCAUUACCUGCAAAGUUUCAUGAUGGCCUCUAAGCAAGCUCUUAUUACGAAUUGUAAUUAAAGAACUUGACUGUACGCUUCAAAUGUGAAGGACCUCCAUUUAGUUUCAGUGGAGGUUUCUUAAUAACAGGACAUUGUUUUGAGAACUUGAUUUUGUUACAGUAGCUUUGUCUACAUUCACAAAUGGUAAAACAAAAUUGUUGAUUAGUGUUUUCCUGAUAACAAAUUAAAGUGAAGUGUAUACCAAGACGGGCUGUGACAACAGUGGCUAUAUUUAAUAAAUGUAUUCAGACUGGU